AUGGCGCCGGCGCGGACGCGAAAGCACGACACGUCAAUCUCGUCCAACGACGACAUCCCAGCCUUUCCCGCACCCCCCACGAUGUUCGCCCUCACGACACAUACCCCUAAGCAGAGUCCAGCAAAGAGCAUGGCAUCAAUCACUCAGGUUCAGAAGCAGGCGUUGAUCGACAACUUACAGCUCGAGAGUAUGUGCUCGUAGGUCCGGGCGUUCAUGAGGUCUUUGCUGACGCGUGACAGUUACGGAGCGGGCGCGCAAGUUACGAGCUCAGUACGCUCUACAAGCACAAGGUCUAAAGACGCGUCUGGAGAUGCGCGUCAAUCGCAUACCUCAGGCUCUGAGGAAGAGGAAUAUUCACGAUUUGGUGGAAGAACAUGCCGCAAAGGCCAAGCCAGGCCCUGCACCACCACUCAUGCCAGCAGCACGGGAGGCGGACCCAGCACAGCCGGCCAAACAAAGUGUUGCCCAGAAGAAACAGCUAGGAAAGAGGAAGAGGUACGUCUGUCGUGAGAAGUCACUCGGACGAGCACUAACCCCGGAUAGUGAUGAUAUCUCAACAGGCGACGACAAGGAGAACGUCGUGUCCAAUGACGCAGAUGACCUGGCCAAUCCUAAGAAGCGCACAAAGACCAACAUUGCCAUCGCAAAUUCCAAAGCAACGCGCACGGGCUCACGCAAAGUCGGUCCAGCCGGGGUGUUGUCGCCCAAAUCUCACAACUCUCGAACAUAUCCACAGUCGCCAUUGAAGCCGUCCACGCUAUCGCCAGAGAAGGUACAGCCUGCACGGCCGAUGAUCUCUUCGCAAUCAGCAGCUACGAAACCAGUGACAAGAGCGCCGAGUCGUCAAACGAAGCGUAACAGACCAGCCGCAGAUGUAGACGGCAGAACGAGCGAAGCAAGCAACUCUAGUGCCGGCACGACCAUCAUAACCAAGCCUGGAACGAAGAAAGGGCCUGGAGCUACCAGGAAAGGGGCUCAGCCAAAGACCGCAACCACAGGGCGAAAGCCAGCAGCAGCAAAGCAAGAAGCGGCUCCGGCCGUGGGAGGCGGCAGGACCCUCAGGAAAAGGAACUGA